GGCGCCUUGGUACAAUCUGGGCGACAAGCAAAACAGCUUCGUCUUCUACUCGUCCCCAUCUAAUCACCCAGGAGAAUUCUUCGAAUUUCCCAAACCUUCCCUUACGCCAGUAUGGGCUCUAUGCAAGAAAAGUCACACUUCAAGAAGAUCCAGAACUUCAAAGCGGAUUAUGCGGACGCCAACUUCACGCAGUAUGAGUCUCAACGGACAGGUCUUCGUGUGGUAGUCGUCGAUCGAAAGGGACCCAAAGUGUACGGAAAUUUUGCUGUCGCUACAGAAAUCCAUGAUGAUUCGGGAUCACCGCACACUCUUGAGCAUCUUUGCUUCAUGGGCUCACGGAAAUAUCCGUUCAAGGGCGUCCUUGAUAAGAUCGCAACCCGGUCGUACUCUGAUACGAAUGCUUGGACAGACACAGCUGAGACGGUGUAUACCCUCUCCACCGCAGGUUGGGAGGGGUUUGCACAACUUCUGCCGAUAUACUUGGAUCAUCUCAUAGUGCCAACGCUUACAGAUGCUGGAUGCUAUACCGAAGUACACCACAUCGACGGUAAAGGCGAGGAUGCGGGCGUUGUCUAUUCCGAGAUGCAAGGGCGACAGAACCUGCAAGGUGACCUCAUGGAUCUCCAGAUGCGCCGCCUACUCUACCCGGAUGGUGACGGGUUCCGUUAUGAGACUGGGGGUAUGAUGGAAGCCCUGCGAGUGCUGCCUGCAGAGCGCAUUCGACAAUUCCAUCGAGACAUGUACCAACCAAAGAACAUACGACUCGUGCUCAUUGGUGAGGUGGAUCACACAAAUUUGUUGGAAGUCCUAGAUAAAUUCGAGGACCAGAUCAUCGAUCGUGUACCGUCUUACGAUGCGCCCUUCAAGCGCCCAUGGGUAGAGUCAAAGCGUACACCGCCGCUUAGUAAGACUGUGGUGGACACAGUAGAGUUUCCUGAGGAGGAUGAGUCUACUGGCGAGAUUCAAAUCGCCUCCCUCGGACCUAAGUCGACAGAUGACUUGGGCGAAACAGCCAUCAACACGCUACUCAUGUAUCUAGCUGGCUCAUCUGUUUCCGUCUUGGUCAACACGCUAGUUGAGAAAGAGCACCUGGCUAGUAGUGUGUACUUCUGGGUCAAGGGUCACUACGACAUGAUUGUUUGGUGGACCUUGUCUGCCGUAGAAACUGAUAAGCUUGAAGCUGUCGAGAAGCGCUUCUUCGAAGUUCUCCAGGAACAUGCUUCAAAGCCGCUCGACAUGAGUUACUUGAAGGACUGCCUCCACCGUUUCCAGCGCCAGACUCGAUACGCGUCCGAAAUUGGCCAAGAUGAGUACAAGGACCCGAUUAUCAAGGACCACCUCUUCGGUAAUCGGAAUGGAUCCGAUUUCGAAGAUGCCAUGGCCACAUUGAGUGUGUUCGAUAAGCUAGACAAGUGGAGCGAAGAGGACUGGCGAUCGUAUCUGAAGAAAUGGAUCUCGGAUGCCCAUCAUGUGUCCAUACUCGGCAAACCCUCAAAGGCUCUAUCUGAGAAGAUGAAGGCAGACGAGUUGGCCCGCGUCAAGGCGCAGCAAGAGAAACUUGGUGAAGAAGGACUCAAGAACAAAGCUCAACAGCUUAAAGAGGCCCAAGACGAGAAUGACAAGCCCAUACCAGAAGAGAUCAUUGCCGGUGUCAAAGUGCCGAGCACAGAGUCUAUACACUUUUUCGAGACGACAACGGCACGCUCUGGACUGGCAAAGAAGCUCGGUACCUCGGACAAUAUGAUCCAGAAGAUCAUAGACAAGGAUGAGAAUGGUCUUCCGCUCUUCAUUCACUUUGAGCACAUUCAGACAUCUUUCGUGCACUUUGGAUUGAUCCUUGGGACAGCCAAACUGCCGACCGAGCUUAAGCCGCUGAUCGGAGUUUACCUUACCAACUUCUUCGCUACACCCACUGUGAUAGACGGGAAGCGUAUCGAGUUUGAGGAGGUCAUAACUAAGCUCGAGCAAGACACCAUUGAGUUUUCGGUUGAUCGCGGCUCUGAAGUUGGAAGCUCUGAGAUGCUUUACAUCCCCUUCAUUGCUGAAGCAGCCAAAUUCGAAACAGUUGUAAAAUGGCUCAAGACGAUGCUCGUCGACUCCGUAUUCGACACCGAGCGGAUCACAUCGGCUGUGAAAAAGAUGCUAGCAGAUGUGCCAGACGAGAAGCGCGACGGGGAUAGCAUGGCCUUUGCUGUAGAUCGCAUGAUCCACUACGACGCAGCUUCGUCUGUUCGUGCAACUAACACCAUGGUUAAAGGCGUCUAUCUCAAGCGCACCCUCAAGCUCCUCAAGACCGAGCCUCAGCAGGUCAUCGACAAGCUCGAAGCCCUUCGCAAACACCUCCUCACUUUCUCCAACAUGCGCGUCCUCGUCACCGCAAAUUUCGAGACCCUACCAAGCCCCGUUUCUACCUUCAAACACCUUACCGACGCCUUCAAGCCCGAUUCAGAGCCUUCAGUGAACCCCAUCGAUGAUCGCAACGCUGUCCUCUCAGACAUUGGCCGCAACCCCGGCGGCGCGCACUACCUCAUCCCAAUGCCAAUCGAUUCCUCUUUUGCAGUUCUCACUUCCAAGGGUCCCAAAGGCUACACCAACACGCAGCUCCCAGCACUCAUGGUUGCGCUGGCGUACCUUGAUGCCGUCGAAGGUCCCAUGUGGUCCUCCAUCCGCGGCACCGGUCUCGCAUACGGCACCAAUUUCUUCCGCGACCCAGAGACUGGCUUGCUCAAGUUCCGCAUCUACAAGAGCCCGAAUGCGUUCUCGGCAUACAGCAAGGCCAAGACGGUGGUCAAGGAGUACGGCGAUGGCACGAGGAAGUUUGAAAAGCUAGCGCUCGAGGGUGCGAUAAGCUCGAUUGUGCGGGAGUUUGUGGACGAGCGUGCGACGAUUGUGGAUGCGGCGCGAAGCUCUUUCAUCGACCUGGUCACGCGUGGUGUUGGCAAGGAUUGGCAGGACUGGGCCCUGCGCGAGGUGCGCAAGGUCACCGUGGAUGAUGUCAAGAAGAUAUUGAACGAAGUCGUGUCCGGCGUGUUUGUACCGGAGAAGGCAGACCUGGUGGUUACCUGCAGCAGUAUCAUGACGGAUGGACUGAAGAAGGACUUUGAGAAGGCGGGCUUCAAGGUGCAAGUCAAGCAACUUGCCGAUUUCCAAGACGCAUACGGUCUGGAAGGCGAAGAAGACGAAGAAGAUGACGAGGAGAUGGAAAGCGGAUCAGACGAUGAAAGCGAGAAUGGGUCCGAGAUGGAAGAGUAAGUGAGGUCGGAUAAGGCCCUCAGUUUUUGAAAAGAAACACGCGGAUCAUGAUGACAAGACAAGUAUGACUCGAGUGGAAGUAAUCCAGAAGCCAUCAUAUCUUUUGAUUCAUAUCAUACACUAU